AAGAGCAAGGAAUUAACGAGCAUGGAUACCACAUCAACAUUCAUCAAAAAUGUCACCAAGCGAGUGUGGUCCCCAACACAGCGGCCUUUCAGAGUGUGUAAUCACAACAGGGAGAGCAGGAAGGGUCUCACGGCCGGGACCCUGGAGGAGCUGAAGGAGAAGGCCUGCCAGGCCCUGCUGCUGACCCUGUCUGCAGUGUCACUGACCCUGGUGUGUGAGGAGGACGGCACGGAGGUCGACUCCGACGAAUUUCUCAUCACCUUACCGGACAAUACCAUGCUGAUGGCCCUGAGGCCCGGGCAGACGUGGAAGCCUCUGCCGGGGGCACUCGUGCCCAAAUCCCAAGACCGCGGCAAGCCCCGGACCGGGAAGGACAUCGCUCAAGUCACCUUUGACCUUUACAAGCUGAGCCCGAAGGACAUGUUUGGCUCCCUGAGUGUGAAGGCCACCUUUCAGGGCCUGUACUCCGUCAGCGCCGAUUUUCAGUGUCUUGGACCCAAGAAAGUGAUCAGGGAGGUGCUGCGUUUGGCCUCCACGCUCCUGCAGGCUGCUGGACACCUCCUGAUCACCUCCGCCUCCAUGAUCCGCCGCGUCAUCGAAGGCGCCGAGCUGUGGCAGCCGCAGAGAGCCGAGUACACCGCCACCUGGAACUGA